CCAUCGCCGCGGUCGCCGCGGUGACUUCUCCCGGUGUGUGAGAUCGGAGCCUGUGCGCGUGUUUGUCGCUGCCACCGGCUGCGUAGCUCCGAAGAUUUAACCAUAGGAUAGAAAGAAACAGAAAUGUAAAGAAGAAAUCAAAAUGGAUCCAUGUAUGGGUGUGAAUUCUGUCACCAUCUCUGUUGAGGGGAUGACAUGCAGCUCCUGUGUUUGGACCAUUGAACAGCAGAUUGUAAAAUUGAAUGGUGUACAUCACAUUAAAGUUUCACUGGAAGAAAAAAAUGCAACUAUUGUUUAUGACCCUAAACUACAAACUCCAAAGACCCUACAGGAAGCUAUCGAUGACAUGGGCUUUGAUGCUAUUCUCCACAAUCCUAAGCCUCUCCCUGUUUUAACUGAGACCGUGUUUUUGACUGUUACUGCUUCACUGGCUCCUCCAUGGGACCAUAUCCAAAGCACAUUACUCAAGACCAAGGGUGUGACAGACGUUAAAAUUUCUCCUCAGCAGAGAACUGCAGUGGUGAGAAUAAUCCCUUCUAUAGUGAAUGCCAAUCAGAUAAUAGAGCUAGUUCCGGAUCUCAGUUUGGAUACUGGAACUCAGAAGAAGUCAGAAACUUGUGAAGAUUACAGUAUGGCUCAGGCAGGUGAAGUCAUGCUGAAGAUGAAAGUGGAAGGGAUGACCUGCCAUUCGUGUACUAGCACCAUUGAAGGAAAAAUUGGGAAAUUGCAAGGUGUUCAGCGAAUUAAAGUUUCCCUGGACAACCAAGAAGCUACUAUUGUUUAUCAACCUCAUCUUAUUACAGUAGAGGAAAUAAAAAAACAGAUUGAAGCUGUGGGCUUUCCAGCAUUCAUCAAAAAACAGCCGAAGUACCUCAAAUUGGGAGCUAUUGAUAUUGAACGGCUAAAGAACACACCAGUCAAAUCCUCAGAAGGAUCACAGCAAAGGAGUCCCUCACAUACCAAUAAUUCAACAGUCAUUUUCAUCAUAGAGGGCAUGCAUUGUAAAUCAUGUGUGUCAAAUAUUGAAAGUGCGUUAUCUACCCUCCAAUAUGUAAACAGCAUAGUAGUUUCUUUAGAGAAUAGAUCUGCUAUAGUAAAGUACAAUGCAAGUUUAGUCACUCCAGAAACUCUGAGAAAAGCAAUAGAGGCCAUAUCACCAGGGCAAUAUAGAAUUAGUAGUAUAAGUGAAAUUGAGAGUAUCCCAAACUCUCCCUCCAGCUCAUCUCUUCAAAAGAGUCCUUUGAAUGUAGUUAGCCAGCCUCUGACUCAAGAAACCGUGAUAAACAUUGAUGGCAUGACUUGUAAUUCUUGCGUGCAGUCUAUUGAGGGUGUGAUAUCAAAAAAGCCAGGUGUAAAAUCCAUACGAGUAUCCCUUGCAAAUGGCAAUGGAACUAUUGAGUAUGAUCCUUUACUAACCUCUCCAGAAACCUUGAGACAAGCAAUAGAAGACAUGGGAUUUGAUGCCUCUUUUUCAGAUACAAAUGAGCCGUUGGUAGUAAUAGCUCAGUCCUCAUCAGAAAUGCCACUUUUGACUGCAACUAAUGAAUUUCAUACCAAAAUGAUGACACCAGUUCACGACAAGGAGGAGGCAAAGACUUCAUCUAAGUGUUACAUACAGGUCACUGGUAUGACUUGUGCUUCCUGUGUAGCAAACAUUGAACGAAAUUUAAGACGAGAAGAAGGAAUACAUUCUGUGCUUGUGGCUCUGAUGGCUGGCAAGGCAGAAGUAAGAUAUAACCCUGCUGUUAUAGAACCCCCAAUGAUAGCUGAGUUCAUCCGAGAGCUUGGAUUUGGAGCUACUGUGAUAGAAAAUGCCGAUGAAGGGGAUGGUGUUUUGGAACUUAUUGUGAGAGGAAUGACGUGUGCCUCCUGUGUACAUAAAAUAGAGUCUACCCUCACAAAACACAGAGGGAUCUUCUACUGCUCUGUGGCCCUGGCAACCAACAAAGCACAUAUUAAAUAUGAUCCAGAAAUUAUUGGUCCCAGAGAUAUUAUUCAUAUAAUUGAAAGCUUAGGUUUUGAAGCUUCUUUGGUCAAGAAGGACCGGUCUGCAAGCCACCUAGACCAUAAACGAGAAAUAAGACAAUGGCGACGGGCCUUUCUUGUGAGCCUGUUUUUCUGUAUUCCUGUAAUGGGGCUGAUGAUAUAUAUGAUGGUUAUGGACCACCACCUUGCAACUCUUCACCAUAAUCAGAACAUGAGCCAAGAAGAAAUGAUCAGCAUUCAUUCUUCUAUGUUCCUGGAGCGCCAGAUCCUGCCAGGAUUGUCCAUUAUGAAUUUGCUAUCUUUUUUAUUGUGUGUACCUGUACAGUUUUUUGGAGGCUGGCACUUCUACAUUCAGGCCUACAAAGCGCUGAAGCAUAAGACUGCAAAUAUGGAUGUACUGAUUGUGCUGGCAACCACCAUUGCAUUUGCUUAUUCUUUGGUUAUUCUUCUGGUUGCAAUGUAUGAGAGAGCCAAAGUGAACCCUGUUACUUUCUUUGAUACUCCUCCUAUGCUAUUUGUGUUUAUUGCACUAGGCCGGUGGCUGGAACAUAUAGCAAAGGGCAAAACAUCAGAGGCUCUUGCCAAACUAAUUUCAUUACAAGCUACAGAAGCAACUAUUGUUACUCUUGGCUCUGAUAAUAUCCUCUUGAGUGAAGAACAAGUGGAUGUGGAACUUGUACAACGUGGAGACAUCAUUAAAGUGGUUCCAGGAGGCAAAUUUCCAGUGGAUGGUCGUGUUAUUGAAGGCCAUUCUAUGGUGGAUGAGUCCCUCAUCACGGGGGAGGCAAUGCCUGUGGCUAAGAAAUCUGGCAGCACAGUGAUUGCUGGUUCCAUUAACCAGAAUGGGUCACUCCUUAUCCGUGCAACCCAUGUUGGAGCAGACACAACCCUUUCUCAAAUUGUCAAACUUGUGGAGGAGGCACAAACGUCAAAGGCUCCUAUCCAGCAGUUUGCAGACAAACUCAGUGGCUACUUUGUUCCUUUUAUUGUUAUCAUUUCCAUUGUUACCCUUUUGGUUUGGAUUAUAAUUGGAUUUCUGAAUUUUGAAAUUGUGGAAACCUACUUUCCUGGCUACAACAGAAGUAUCUCCCGAACAGAAACGAUAAUACGCUUUGCUUUCCAAGCCUCGAUCACAGUUCUGUGCAUCGCAUGCCCCUGUUCACUGGGACUGGCCACUCCAACUGCCGUGAUGGUGGGUACAGGAGUAGGCGCUCAGAAUGGCAUACUAAUCAAAGGUGGUGAGCCAUUGGAGAUGGCUCAUAAGGUAAAGGUAGUAGUAUUUGAUAAGACUGGAACCAUUACACAUGGAACCCCUGUAGUGAAUCAAGUAAAGGUUCUAGUGGAAAGUAACAGAAUAUCACGCAAUAAGAUCCUGGCCAUUGUGGGAACUGCUGAAAGUAACAGUGAACAUCCUCUAGGAGCCGCCAUAACCAAAUACUGCAAGCAGGAGCUGGACACUGAAACCUUGGGUACCUGUACAGAUUUCCAGGUUGUGCCAGGCUGUGGUAUUAGCUGUAAAGUCACCAAUAUUGAAGGCUUCCUACAUAAGAAUAACUGGAAGAUAGAGGAAAAUAACAUUAUUCAAAUAGAUGCAAGUAAUGAACAGCCAUCACCUUCGUCUGCCAUGAUCAUUGAUGCUCAGCUCUCAAAUGCUCUUAAUGCUCAGCAGUACAAAGUUCUCAUUGGUAACCGGGAGUGGAUGAUUAGAAAUGGUCUUGUCAUUAAUAAUGAUGUAGACGGAUCUAUGACUGAACAUGAGAGAAAAGGUCGGACUGCUGUAUUGGUGGCAAUUGAUGAUGAGCUGUGCGGCUUGAUAGCUAUUGCUGAUACAGUGAAGCCUGAAGCAGAAUUGGCUGUCCAUAUUCUGAAGUCUAUGGGCUUAGAAGUAGUUCUGAUGACUGGAGACAACAGUAAAACAGCUAGAUCUAUUGCUUCUCAGGUUGGCAUUACUAAGGUGUUUGCUGAAGUUCUACCUUCCCACAAGGUUGCUAAGGUGAAGCAACUUCAGGAGGAAGGGAAACAGGUAGCAAUGGUAGGAGAUGGAAUAAAUGACUCCCCAGCUCUGGCGAUGGCUAAUGUUGGGAUUGCCAUCGGCACAGGCACAGAUGUAGCCAUUGAAGCAGCUGAUGUGGUUUUGAUAAGGAAUGAUCUUCUGGAUGUUGUGGCGAGUAUUGACUUAUCAAGGAAGACAGUCAAGAGGAUUCGAAUAAAUUUUGUCUUUGCUCUAAUUUAUAAUCUGAUUGGAAUUCCCAUAGCUGCUGGGGUUUUUAUGCCCAUUGGUUUGAUUUUGCAGCCCUGGAUGGGAUCUGCUGCAAUGGCUGCUUCAUCUGUUUCAGUAGUACUUUCUUCUCUCUUCCUUAAACUUUACAGGAAACCAACUUACGAGAAUUAUGAACUGCAUGCUCGAAGCCAGAUGGGACAGAAAAGCCCUUCGGAAAUAAGUGUUCAUGUUGGAAUAGAUGAUACCUCAAGAAAUUCUCCUAAACUGGGUUUGCUGGACCGGAUUGUUAAUUACAGCAGAGCCUCCAUAAACUCACUACUGUCUGAUAAACGGUCACUAAACAGCGUUGGUACCAGUGAACCUGAUAAGCACUCACUCCUGGUGGGAGACUUCAGGGAAGAUGAUGACAGUGCGUUGUAAUAGGCCGCAGAGUGCUGCUUGAUGAAGUUGUUCUGCACUGACACAGCAUUCAUGGUCACCUUAGCUUUUUACAAUAUUGCAGAAUUUUAUGUUGAUCUCAUGCUCUUAUGUUAGGGUAUCUAUUUGAAUUGCAUGUGUCUAAUGGCAAAAAUAUCUUUUUCAGGGCAUCAGCUCAGAACCUAGCUUUAUUGAAAAUGAAUUUCCAGCAUUUCUUGUUUUCACUAGCAACAGAUAAGAUAGACCAGUGAGGUUUACCAGUCCUAUAAGUGAAGAUUGCUGACUUGCUGCUAAAAUGAUAAUUUUCUGACCAAAAUAAAGUUCAAGAAAAAGAUAAUUAAAAAUUUGAAGAUUUGAGCACAUAAUCUUGAGGAGAUUCUUGAGCCCCAGCCCUGCCAGAUUGGAAGCAAUGGCUUUCAAAGCACUGAAGCAUCUAGUUUUAGAAGGAAAACAGUAGAAACUACUUCAAAAUAGGUGUGCCUUAUUUAUUACAGGCUUUCUUCACCCUGCCUCCAUUCUUCCUGCAUCUUUAUCUUUGCAGUUGCUCUCUUAGAUGCCCCAGUAUGUUGUUUGUUGUUGUUGUUGUUAUCUUCUUUCGAGUGAGCUAAGUAUAAAUGGUUUCUCAUUGACAGGAAUAACUGACACUUUUCCAGUAUCUUGUUCGUUUCUUUAUCUUGUAGCUCAAAAGACCAUAAGGGUCCAUAGGGUUCCAUGCUUCCCAUCUUCCCAUUGUUGUAAGGAAUAUAUCAGAUUCUUCCUUCAGUGACUCCCUAGCUCUGCACAAGCUUUCAAUUCACUCCUGCUGAGUUGUUCAGCUAUAAGUUGUUCUUAGCGUAGUCUGUCAGCCUCAGUCCAGAAGCUUAAGAUUGUGAGCCUCUUCUACAAUUGAUUUUUUUCAAAGCUUGACACUACCAUCUUUAACAUGUACAGGUCAUAUAAAAUUACCUGUAUUCACUAAAUUUGUCCUUUUUUGGAGAGGAUGCAAGACCUUAGCUGGUAUUUAUAAUUUAAUAGAUUUUCAUUAUCUUUUAGUGUUUUAGAUAAUCUCUCAAAAUGACUUUAAAAUAAUGUUAUUACUCAAAGCUGCUCUUACCAAAAACACAAUCAGUUGUAAUACAAAAAUGAAAAUUUCCCUAGGUUGUAAUACCUUUUAGGCAAAUCUAUACUUUUCUCUAAUUUAAAACAUUUGCACUUGCUAGCUAGUGUGGUCAACAAAUUCAGGGGCUUGUUCUCCUUGUCAUAUAAAUUUAGAAGUUCCCCUGUGAGUGCCUGGGAAUUAAUACACUGGCCAGAGAUCUGGUGCUUGUAUCACUAUUUAAAUUUCCUUGUUAACUGUAAGAUGGAUUUCAUGUACAGAAUUAUGUAAGUGAAGAAAACUCAUAAAUAAAUUCAUAAUAUUUUGUUCCCAUGCCAUAGAUUAAGCUGCUAGCACAAUGCCUGGCACAUAAGAUUUGUACUCAGUAAAUGAUAGUUCUUAUUUCUCUUUGAGAUCACUAAUAAAUACUAAAAAUCAUUUUAUCAGGGCAGAGUCUGAAAUCAGGUGGGAGUGGAGGAUGAGUGUCUUCCUCUCCUACCUUUUCUCUUGUCCUUUCAUACAUACACAAGAAAGUUUAUAACAUAAUUCCAUGCUAACUUUUCAGAGUUGGAAAAGAUGUCAUUUUUAUCUCAACUAUCUUAAAGAGAGAACUGAAACUUGAUAAAGAAAAGUAAACCCAUUUUCAUGAAAUAUGAAUGAGUUUGUGUGUCUAGGCUCAGUUUUAGACCAAUGCCUAUGCCAUCGUCUGUGUUUUCAGUUUGAAUUUUAAUAUUUGUUUCUUAUUUUAAUUCCAGUGGCCUGUCAUACCACAACUUGUUUCUUCUAGAAGAAAUAGCUAAUACAACAAAUGCAUAAUAUAGACUUCUGAAAAAAGAAAUACCUUUCUCUCUUUCUACCCACUUCCCUACCUUCCCUUCCCUCUUCCCCUCAUUCUCACUCUCUCUCUUUCUCUGAAGCACUUGAAUAUAGCCAGUUACUACUUUUAUUAUUGUGUGUGUUAGAGUUGUCCUCUUGGCCCCACAUGCCAAUGGACCACACAUGGUAUAGGGCAAUAAGAAAAGGAUCCUAUAUAAUCUGGGAAAAAUCAAGGAUAUAAUUUCAGCCCUUACUACCAGAACAGAAAACAUGCUCCUUAGGAAGAAUCCUGCUUUAAAUAUCUAUAACCAUCUUUGAAUUCUCUUCCACAAAUCUUACGCAAUUCUAAACUCCCAUUAGCAUCAUAGAGCAGCUGUAUUCACAGGAGAGAGAGGUGAUAUAUAGAGGGGAUCAAAAACAUUGCUUUCAGUUAGUAACUGGCUUUUAGUAAUGAGUUACUAGUGAGAACAAAUUUGAUCAAUGUGUGCAUAUGUGUCUAUGUUUAUUCAUAUCAUGACGUAUAUACACAAAUCCCAUAUAGAAGGAAAAUGGACUUAUAUAUGAAUUUUAUAUUUGAAGGUUUUUGUUUGUUGUUCCAUUGUCACUCUUCUGUAUUCCGUCAGCAACCAUGCCCUCAGUCUGAAAGAUAACAAAAACGUUUUUGUAUUGAGUGCUGACUUAGACUCAACUAAGGGGCGCCUUUUAUCUUAAAUAUCCAAAGAUGCCUUUUAAAUUUCAAAGGUUAAAAUGUAACUAUUUAGUGUUAUAGUCUAAAGAAGUAUGGUUGUCAUUUGUGAAAAUAGAAAUGUUAUUUUUCCUAGUUUAGUAUCAGCAUUUUAGAGUGUUAGAUUUGAUGCCUUGUGAACAAAUAAUUUUAUAUUGUGCUUUAAACUUUUUAAAAGUUACUCUUUUAUCAGACAUAUUCUUUGUUCAGAAUGCUUAAAAUAGCAGUGUAGACAAGAUGUUUCCAAAAAUUUAAAGCAUAUCCUUUAUGUACACAGCUUAAAAAUCAAGAAUGUAUGUUCUUAGAGAUUUUUUUUCCCAUUACUUGUGACUCUUGCUUUAAAAUUUUUUUUCUUAAUAUUUAUUUUGCUCUAUUUUGUUAUUUUCUUUGGGUGAGGCAUCUGAUUACUGGUUAUUUUCGUAAGAAUAGAAACAUUCCUAAAAUCACUCCUUUUGGAUUUUUUUGUUUCUUACUUUUCUAUAUUAAAAAUAUUAUUUUACCAAAUAUAAAAAAUAUAGAUUCAUGCCAAAUUAUUAGCUGUUUUUACCCGAACUUUCUGUAGUCCUUCUGAAAGUUUAUCUGGCAUGAAUAACCAGAUAAAGCACAAAAGCGUGAAUUCUUGUUCUUCAAUUAAAAGAGCUUCUGUAAUGGCAUUGAUAAUAAAUGCCUUUUGUGGCCAAAACCAGGCGUCUCAACCUUAGGCUUUUAGUUAAAGAAAUGUCUAACUAACCAUUGUUAAACAUUGUUUGAUACCCAAAACAGCAGUGGACGAUGUUGUGCAAUAAUCAUCUACUGUAGUCAAAAUAUUCAGUAGUUUGUUUUUCCAUAAGCAUGUAAUUGAUCAUAUUCUGCCAAGGAUGUGCCUUCAACUUUAUAAUUAUAGUAUUGUAAAAAAAAA